CCCGCCCCGCGCCCGUCCGUCAGCCCGGCACAGCCUGCCAUUGGCCGCGCGCGCCGGGCCCCGCCCUGCCCCACCCCGGUUGGCCGAGAGGCCCGCCCGUCAGAGGCCUCGGCCGGGCGGGGCUUCCGGGAGCUGUGCGGAGGGCGGUUCCCGCCCGGCUGGGCCUCGUGGGCUGCGGCCUGCGGGGUUGGCUCCGCUGGGGAUGGGGUCUGGGGGAGACAACUUAUCCGGAGACUGCCCGGACUCUCCCGGGAACAGGCGGGACUCGCGGGGAGAUAGAGACCCCGCGGCGAAGCGGGUCCGCGGCCGGGUGUGGACUGGGGCGGGGUCGCCGAUGUCCGAUUCGAGCCCCUGCGCCGCUUUUGGAGCCCAGCGCCGGGCCCCUGGGCACCUUCACGGCGCGCACAGCUGCGCCCACGCCCCCCUAGGCCGUCCCUGCGCCGUGCCGCGCAGCACACCGUAGGGGUUCCGGAGCGGAGGGAACAGCCCGAGGGCUGAGCCUCAGGGAGGGUGGAGCCCGCGGGGUCAGCACCGCAGACUCCCCCGGACCCGAGGCCGGGGAAAAGCGGAGGGGCUGCCGGGACGAGGGUCAGGUGCAGGUGGCUUCGGAAGGGGCUCCUCCCGGCUCCCAGGACGCCUGGCAGGUUCGGCGGGGUCCUUGGGCGCGGCUCAGCCAUGCGCCCAGGGCCAGGCGGCGCAGGGCGCCUCGGCUGGGCGGGGACGUCUGAGCCCGCGGAGCAGCGAGUCCGGCUCAAUCUUUUUACCCAGUGCGGGGGGGUCUUGUUUUUCACUUACGUAGUGCGCAGCCCCGCCCCGGGCUCCGCAGAGGGCCCUUGUCCCGCGCUCCCUGAUCUCCAGCUUCCCCCAACUUCGGCAGGCCCUGCAGACUACCCGCCCACCCAGCUUCCCCAAAGCCCGGAGCCCAGCCCUGCAGAAGCUCACCCUGAGGCCCAAACGGUACCCAGGAAAUCCAACCCAAAAGUUGCCAUAAGGGGUUGAAUUGAAGACUCCCCCACCCCAAGCAUAAAUACGCACAUUGUAUCUCCUUUAGAGACUCUCAGAAGUACAUGAUUUAACAUUUUAAAAAAUUUCAAAGUAACGCAUAAACACAUUCUCCUUGUUUAUAAGAAAGAAUGGUGCAUUACAGGUAAGGCCAAACCUCCCCUUCUGCUCAGCCGGCACCUCCUUCCAUUCCUACCCCUUCCGCGCCGUUCGGCCCCCCUCCCGUGCCGGCUCCGUGCUGUGCCCAGGAGCUCACCCCACUGCAAGCCUUGACCUCGGCAGGCCCCUGGGGGGCCGCCCCCGCCCCAGGCACGGCGCCGACCCCACGUGCCGUGGCUGUGUCCGGUUGGCCGUCCCGCGCACUGCGCCGCGGCCACGACGGAGCCCGGCUCGCGCCUGACGCGCGUAGACGCGAAGUAAAGGCGGAUAAGUGAAAACGGGUGACGGCGCCUCUCGCCGGCGCGGACACUCUGGACUCCCCUCCAGGAGUCCAGGUCUGCAUUUCCCUCGUCUUCAGAGGGUCCUUUCCCAAGGCGCUUCCUUUAAAUCCCGCAGGGCCUUGGCCUCAGGGACGACCCGACACGGGCGCCUACCACCUGAGAAAGGUGGGUGCGAGUCUCCACCUCAGACCACCUUUGCGGAAGCCGACACCUGGCCUGCCUGCGCCCCGCCGUCUCGACAGCGUCUCACCUCCCCAGCUUCCCUCCCGGCCCGAGGGGCGCUCCCGCGCGUGCGGGGCGGGACACGCGCGAACCCCCCCAACCUGGUUGGCCGCCACCCCGCCCGCCCUCCCGCCGGCCCUAGCAACCGUUGCUGAGGGGCGUGACUCGGCUUCGCGGAGCCGGAAGAUUCCCGCGGCUCAUGAAUAUUUGCAGAUUCAGAGGAGGCCCCGCCCCCGUUGCCUUGGCGCCCAGGCCCCUCAACCCCGCGGCCGGAAGAACAACCCCAAGUCGAAGAGAGCGCCCGGCGAAGGAGGGCGCCCGGGACCAAGCCCCCGGGGCUGGGGCACCGGGGCCGACCCCUCAGGUGCUGCCUGGGGCCACAUGCUGCCCUCUUGCCCAGAUGUUUGACCCACGGUGGGAAAAAGCAGCUGCCUCCAGCAGGUUGGAUGUGAAUGGACCAGGCCUGGGACAGAGCCCAUGGGCCUUGGCCAAGCAGAGCCAGCGUCCGAGUGCGGGAGCUGAGCUGGCAGAGCCGGCACAACACCCGCCCCCAGGGCAAGGCCCCGGGCAGCCGAGGGGGCAGCCGCAGCGAGCGGCUGGUGGAGGAGCACCUGUCACCUGCCCGACUGCAGGCCCUGGCCCAGGUGGAUGACCUCCGACUGGUGAGCGUGCUGGAGCUGUGUGUCAACACCCACGAGAACAGCCUGGGGAACUUUGGGCUGCACCUGCCCAACCUCAGCCAGCUGAAGCUGAACGGCAGCUGCCUGGGCUCCCUGAGGGACCUGGGCACCUCCCUGGGCCGCCUGCAGGUGCUGUGGCUGGCUCGCUGCGGCCUGGCUGACCUGGACGGCAUCGGCUCCUUCCCGGCCCUGAAGGAACUGUACCUUUCCUACAACGACGUCUCGGACCUGAGCCCGCUGUGCCUGCUUGAGCAGCUGGAGGUGCUGGACCUGGAGAGCAACUGCGUGGAGGACCCGGGGCAGCUGUGCUACCUGCAGCUGUGCCCGCGGCUGGCCUCGCUCACCCUGGAGGGCAACCCGCUAUGCCUGCGGCCCGGCCCCGCCCACCAGGUGCCCCAGGGCUACAACUACCGGGCAGAGGUCAGGAAGCUCAUCCCCCAGCUGCAGGUCUUGGAUGAGUUGCCGGCCACACACACACGCCUGCCGACCUCCCGGAAGCUGGACCACGACUGGCUCAUGGUGAAGGAGGCCAUCAAGGAGGGCAGCGUCCUGCACAGCCUGCUCCCCGGGCUGGGUCGUCCCCACGGAUCCCCUGUUUGGAGGCUCAGCCCCGAGCUAUGCUCACCUGAGACCCAGCGCAGGGCCCCCAGGCCCUGGCCCCGCUCCCUGCUGGUCCCCGGGGGCCUCCUGCCUGAAGGCCUUCUUCCCCAGGGCCCAGCCCCAGAGGACGACGCCAGCAGCCUCACCCACGGUGCCGGCCGGGUCCUCUGUGGAAACCCCACCAAAGGCCUGCACGAGCGUCGGCACCAGUGCCAGGCUGGGGCACACCCACAGAGGCUGCCGCCUCCCGGGCCGGAAGACCUGGCCACCCGGGCCUCCGCCCCAGGGCCUGACCCUGCAGAGAGCCGCCGCCGCCUGGCCUCGGCCGGGCUUCCGGCCUUGAGGGAGCUGCGCCUGCGUCCCCUCCCCAGUAGGUGCCUGGAGUCCCGGGAGGAGGGGGCCGCCACCCCCGGGAGCCCACAGAGGGGCCCUGAAGAAGAGCAGGACAAGGCUGGGCCCAAGACUCGCCCCAGCCCCCCGAGCCUGGCCCCAGAGCCUUCCAGGACCUUGGGCUACAACCUGACCCCCUCUCCUCCCAAGUCCCUCAUGCCAUCUGACAGGGGCAGCAGCUCCUGGGGGUCCACAGAUCUGCAGUUCCGGGGGCGUCGCCUCAGAGCCCUGGGUAGUCUGGGGCCUGGCCUGGGUCAGGGGCUGGCUGCAGUGACUGCUCUGAGAGCCCUAGAGGUGGCCUCAGGCCCCAGCCCUCGAGCCGAAGGCUGUCCAGGCCCAAAGCCAGCACCAGAUCCAGCGGCCAGACCCCCAGCCUCCGGUGCAUGCCGCACCUGAACCUCAUGACCCCAGCCCAACCCCACCCCUAGUGUACACCACUACCCACUGCCAGGCUGGCCUGGGCGGUAGGCAAGGGCCCCAGGGCGAUCGUGGGAGCCCCCGUGUGAACUCUGGCCUCACAGAACCCAGAGCACCUGGGCGGGUGUGUUGGGGGGUGGGAAGUCAGCCUGGUACAGGAGAGGACCCUCUUGGUAGAGGGAAGUUAGGAGUUGGGACCACCAAGGGUGGGAAGAGGGAGAGCCCAGGAUAGGAUGGUCCAGCUCGCCACCGCUGGCCCAGCUGCCCACCUCUUCCGUGUGGCCUGGCCUUCCCAGGAGGAGUAGGCCUGGAAGAGAGCAGACUGGGCCCAGGCUGGAGCUGGGCCCUGUCCAUCCCCUGGCCAGCCCUCCAGCUGCCCCAGGGCUCUGAGCCACCCUUGGGCUGCCGUGGUCCCGAGCAGAGGCGCUUGCCCUAGGCCAACCAGGGUGCAACCACGCCUCCCAUCCCUGGUGGACUUGUGGGGUUCCCCGCGCGGGGAUGGGGUGGCCAGCUCCCUCCUCUUGGGGCCGGAUACCCGGAAACCAAGCGAAUCAUUUUCGCGAAUCAUUUUCGACUGUCAGGUGUACAGAAAUGCGGUUUACUUGGUAGGCGGCGUUGGUUCAAUAAACUAU